UAGACCAGGUUCUGUAUAUGCUUAAUCAAGUUGUUCUCAAAAGUCAUUACAACACAGCCAGUAGAAAAAUGCUGAUUGCUGAAAGUGAAAUAGAGCGACUGUUGCUGCAUGGGCAAUGAAUCAUAUUGGUGCCCAUGAAACUUGGACUCUCCAAAAAUGCUGUUGCACUUGUGUUGAAUCCUCCAAAAAAGCUACUUUUGGAGGAUCCGACUUGCACUUGUUGGCAUUUUUGAAGAGUCGGAGCAACUUAGAUUGGUCCAAUCAUCCUACUUAUAGACAUCUAUGUUGAUUAUUUCACACUCUUGCUCGAACUUUAAGCAUUUCUAUCCUUGAAGCCUUUGAUUUGUUGCGUUGAGAAAAAAGAAAGUUGAUAUUGACCAUAUGCUGCCAAGAUGUUCUUACUUUCUAUACUGCUCCUGAAAGUAUUGACACAGCUCCUCCUUCCACAUGUUUAUUGUUCAUUUUAUCUUCGGCUUCAUUGAGAUGCCUUAUUCUUCUUCUCUUUGUGGUUUAGUGUUUGUUAACCUUCAGCAUAUCCCUUUUUGUCUCACCACGUUGUCUCUUGUUUGCAUCAGUCAUCAGGUUCUUGAAGUUGACCGGUGAUGGGAAAUAGGCCAGCAAAGCCGGAGAGAGAUGAGGUGCUUUUGAAGAUUGUGCCUCCUCUAGAUCAAGCAUACGUUCGAUGGCUAGCUCGUGACCUCGAGAGGAUUCAUGGCUUCACUCCAAGAAACCCUCGUGCUGUAAGGCCACCCGAUCAUUACAUAGAAUACAUGCGCUUACAGGGAUGGUUGGAUGUCAGCUUAGAUGACCCCGACCUUGCUCGUCUACUUAAAUAAUGGAGUAAAUCAACUGCAAUACUCUUAAGAACAUGUAUAAACUUCAAAUUGAUGUUUAGUUUUCUGUACUGGUACAGUGAGAUUCAGAUGCUG